AGUGCCAGUUCAAGUGAGACCGCGAGGUUUACGGCAAAUCCGAAUGCAAGUUUGUCGCAUUCUACAGUGAGGUCAGGCUCAGGCUUGUCGUCGUGCUCAUAUCCGAACCUCGAGCCUAUUAUAAUACUAUAAAAAUGUCACUGCCAUGCUCUCGAACGCCGUCUCGCAGCAGCACACCUCUUCCGCGGUCUCCUUCGAGGCUGGUCGUUCCGCCUGCCCUUCACUCUUAUCCCUCCGUCUCCAAUCUCAAUGUUCAUUGUUCCCAGUCGGGCCCUUCCAGUUUGGCUCCACCCAUACAAAUACCAGGUCAAGGGUUGGAAAGACACAGACGCCGAGGUGGACACCAUAAACGGCGAAGAGGCUAUCGCGGUCGGUCAUACAGAUACUACAGCCGAUGACGAAGAAUCGAAGAGGAACCUGAGGGAUCAGUUGAGGCGCACCUUGAGCAGCAAGAGAUCAAAUUCAAAUGUAUCUUCUCAGCGGCGGAAAGGCAAACAACCCGAUAUUGCUGUUCAGCCAUCAGAGACAGUGGUAGUAGCUUCUUUUUAUCCACCUCGGGAAUACUUUGUCCUCACAGACGCUGGAAAACCAGUCUUCACAAGGUAUCAUGGUUAUCAUGACUCUCGUGUUAGUUGUAUUACCCUGUGACUGUGAUUUUUCUAUUCAGCCGACCAGAAGGCGAGGAUUCAGAUACGCUAUCAUCCACAAUGGGUAUCAUUCAGGCUCUGAUAUCAGUCUUUCUGGAUGACUCAGACAAGCUGCGUUGUAUCAAUGCUGGAAAACUCCGGAUCACCUUUCUACUACGGUCACCUCUCUACUAUGUAUGUGCGUCUUCGUGGGGGGAGCCAGAAUCUGUUACUAGGUCCCAUCUCGAAUACUUACAUUUACAAAUACUCAGUGUUGUUACUGCUGCUCAACUGAGACGGAUAUUCGAACGUCGAACAAAUUUUGACUUAAGACGUCUCCUUAAUGGUGCAGAGAAUUUCCUCUUUUCACUUCUGAGCCGGAUGGAAUUUGAUCUAGCCAUGGCUACUUCAUCCCUCCACUGCCUUAGAUUGGACUCAACUUUGCGUACGCGUGUGGCAGAGUCCUUAAUUCCAAUAACGAAGAUGAAGGAUAUUUUGUACAUCAUUCUUUCUGCCCAAGGCCGAGUUAUCACUCUGGUCAGGCCGAAGAAACACUCAAUCCAUCCAGCAGACAUCCACAUUCUUAUGAACACUAUUCAUUCACCAUCAAUAUUCAACUCUCCCGCGUCUGCAUCGUGGAUCCCCGUGUGCCUCCCGAAAUUCAACCCAUCGGGCUUUGUGAACGCCUACAUUUCAUUUUUAAGAAGAGCCAGUGAUGCAGUACCUCCAGAAGUAAUCGGUCGAAGUAGCCAGAGCGAUGUUGAAGGAAGAGACGAAGACAGACUCGCACCGAAUGCCUCUGAACCUGAUUCGGCAAUUUCGCUAGUUUGCAUAAGUGGCGGUGGCGAUUUCGAAACUGUCCGUGGUUGGUGCGACACAGUGACUGCCAAACUUGAUAAUGAAGGCAUUCUUGACGCCAUCUCGAAGGCCGUACAUACCGGAUUGACAGAAUACUCGGUAUCGGAACUGGGAGUGCCUGGUUUACGCCAUUUUGUAUAUAAGUCAAGGCCUCAUGUCCAGAUCACUGUGCCUCUUUUCGAAGAACCUUAUGACAACCUUAAUGAGAGGCGGAGGAUUGUCACAUUGUAUCAGACUCUUCACGACGCAAUCCAUGCCAAGUCUGGGCAGGAAGAAACUCUCAAGCUGCAGUAUAUACUGACAGAGAACGAGAGUGUCAUGGGCUGGAUUACGCAGCCCUUCGAGCUGUAUAUUGCAUUGUCUCCUCGUAUUCCGAAGAGCGCAGUCAUCGGUGCUGCAAACGCUGUGGUAAGAUGGAUUAAGAAGGAAGAAGGGCGCCUGUUUUUGAGAGAUGCUCCGGUCUUUUGACUCUACCUUACAUGGUAGGGUAUGUGAUGAUUCAUUUCGCUUAUGACCUCUGUAUUGUUU